GGACUGUAUCUACUGUAACACCGACAGACGGACUCUGACCUGUAGUUCCACCUGCUGAUUUCCGAGUUUUCUUUAUCACCACAACAACUAAUAAUACUAAUAAUAAGUGAAGUGAGACUGUGUGUAAUAUGUAUGUGAGGAUGAGGAAUGUGCUCGGCGCUACCAGAGUGUGUGUGCUGACGCGGCGCGCACUGCGCAUGCCCCGGAGUGUGUGUGUGAGCCGGAGUCGGUCCUCGGGACACAGAGCGGUGCGGCUCGGCUGUGCCUCGGGCUUCUGGGGAGACACCGCCGCGUCAGUUCCUCAGCUGAUACACCACGGCCAGCUGGACUUCCUGGUGUUUGAUUAUCUGUCUGAGAUCACCAUGUCCCUCCUCACCGCCGCGAAAGCCAAGAGUCCUACUCUGGGUUACGCCCCUGAUUUCGUCCUCACUGCCAUUUCUCCAUUUAUUAAGGAAAUCAGUCAGAAAGGUAUCCGUGUGAUCAGUAACGCGGGCGGUGUGAAUCCUCUUGCCUGCGCUGCUGCUGUACAGGAAGUGGUGCGGAAAGCUGGACUGAGUUUGAAGGUUGCCGUGGUAACAGGUGAUGAUCUGAUGCCUCAGAGAGACUCUCUGAAUACGGUGAAGACGGCAGAGACUCAGGAAAACAAAGCGCUUCCCAAAAGCGUACACAGCAUGAACGCGUACCUGGGCGCGUCCCCAAUAAAGCGCUGUCUGGACCUCGGGGCUGAUAUCGUGAUCACGGGCCGGUGUGUGGACAGCGCCGUGGUGCUCGGACCCCUGAUGCACUCGUUUGGCUGGGAGAAGAACAACUUUGACCUUCUGGCUGCUGGAAGCCUGGCAGGUCACCUGAUCGAGUGUGGAGCCCAGGUCACCGGGGGCAUUUUCACCGACUGGCACACGGUCCCUGACUGGGAUAAGAUCGGUUUCCCGGUGGUGGAGUGUUGCAGUGACGGCUCCUUCACCCUGUCCAAACCUCCCGGGACCGGCGGCCUGGUGUCGUUCGGUACGGUCGCGGAACAGUUAGUGUAUGAAAUCGGAGAUCCACGCCACUACCUCCUGCCUGACGUCACCUGCGACUUCUCUCACGUCACCAUCGCUGAGAUUCCAGGUGUUGAAGGAGGAGCAGUGAGGGUGGGCGGAGCCAAAGGAUCAGCACCAUCAGGUGACUAUAAGGUCUGUGCUACAUAUAUGGAUGGGUUCAGAGCGACGGCGGUGUGUCCUGUAGCCGGACCGCGAGCUGCACAGAAAGCCAGAAGGACCGCAGAGAGCAUCAUCAAAAGGACCAGGCAGAUGUUCCGACAGCUGGGACUGGAGGACUACAGGGAUGUGAACAUUCAGGUUCUGGGUACUGAGGAUGUGUACGGCCCACACGCAGUCAGCACCGAUCUUCGGGAAGCGGUCCUCUGGCUCGCCGUCCAUCACAAGCAGAAGAAAGCUCUGGAGUUCUUCUCCAGGGAGGUGGCUCCAGCAGGAACCGGCAUGGCUCCUGGGCUCACAGGAAUUGUCGGAGGCAGACCUCGAGUGUCACCUGUACUGAAGCCUUUCUUCUUCCUGCAUCCCAAAGCAGACCUGACAGUGGAGAUCCACCUUAACGGAGACCUGAUUGAGACAUUCAGAGAGACACAGAGUUCCUCACCUGAUGACCUUCACAUGCCCUCUGACCUUUCAGAGCCACGCCCCUACACUCCUACAGACCUGCCCAGCGGCCCUUGCAGCUACAGACUGGAGGAGUUGGCGUACACUCGCAGUGGAGAUAAAGGAGACUCUGCCAACAUUGGGGUUAUAGCGAGACACCCGCUUUACUUCCCGUACCUGAAGCAGUUUCUGACUGCUGAGGCGGUGGAGAGCUUCUUCCAGCACCUGAUUAAGAAGGAAGAGAGCGAUGAGCCGUCAGUCACGCGGUUCGAGUUGCCCGGAGUCUGCGGUUUAAACUUCCUGAUACAGAAUUCACUUGGAGGGGGAGGGGUGGCAUCUUUAAGAAGUGACCCUCAGGGAAAAGCGUAUGGACAGAUGUUGCUGGACUUCAGACUGAGCGGUUUGCCCGACCUCACCUCACUGGUGAACUGAUGAAAGCACCUGAACCUCACGUCAGCGUGACUGAACCAGUGACUCCAGUAACAGGAGCUGAUUAACGUCGAGGAGUUUAAACACUAACUGUCUCUACUCUUUAUAUAAACACUCAGAAUUAUUCCUCAAAAUUAGGAGUUUAAAGUUAAACCCGCCCUGAAUCAUGUUCCAUAAGUUCAGAUGGGCGUGGUCAGUGAUUCUGCUGCUCCUCAUUAUUCCUGUGGUGUCACCGGGGGGCGCUCUGAUGAUCAGUGGAGUUUAUUAGGAGGUUAAAUGAAGCCACGCUGUCUCUCAGGAUGACCAGUGAUGAAGCGGUUCAUCGUGUUAAUGAGGAGUGUCGAGUGGAGAUCACGCUGGACUUAAACUCCCAGAAUGCAGUGCAGUAUACAGAUUGUGAACACAUCUGUGUGUGUGUAUGUGUGAAACAUAAUGAUGUUAGAGUCACACUGUUAGUUGUGCGCAUUUUAAUAAAUACUAAAUGUGUAUUAA